GAGGAAUUGUACCGGCAAGGAGAGGGAGGGAUAGAAGGCGGUAGGAGAGUAAUUGUUGACCGUUGAGAUCCAAUCGAAGCGCUAUGAGCGAGGCACUGGUGAGGGACUACGAGAUCGGCGCGGAGAUCGGGCGUGGACGGUUCGGCGUGGUCCGGCGGUGCAGAUCGGCGGCGACGGGAGAGGAGUUCGCCCUGAAGUCUGUCGAGAAAAGGCUCCUCGCGGACGCCACCGACCGCGAGUGCGUAGAGCGGGAGGCGAAGGUCCACCACCUCGCCGCCGCCGGUAACCCCCACGCGGUGCAGAUCUACGCCGCUUACGAGGACGACGAGUGGGUGCACCUGGUGGUGGAGCUCCUCGAGGGCCCCGACCUCUGCGACCGGAUUGCCGCCUGCGAAGGGGCUCCGUUUCCGGAGCACGAGGUGGCGGCAGUGGUCUCGGAGCUUACGGAGGCCGUCGCGGCGUGCCACCUGAGGGGGGUCGCGCACCGGGACGUGAAGCCGGACAACGUGCUCUUCGACGCGCGUGGGCGGCUCAAACUGGCUGACUUCGGGUCGGCGGAGUGCUUCCUCGGCGCAUAUGGGGAACGGGUACCCAUGAGUGGGGUGGUGGGGACGCCGUGCUACGUGGCGCCGGAGGUGGUGGCCGGGCGGGAGUACGGGGAGAAGGUGGACGUGUGGAGCGUGGGGGUGGUGAUGUACAUGAUGCUGACCGGGGGAGUGCCGCCCUUCUACGGGGAGACGGUGGCGGAGACGUUCGACGCGGUAGUGAGGGCCAACUUGAGGUUCCCAUCGAGGGCUUUCCGGUCGGUGUCUCCGGCAGCCAAGGACCUGCUGCGGCGGAUGCUCUGCAAGGACGUCUCCAGAAGAUUCUCUGCCGAGCAAGUCCUCAGGCAUCCUUGGAUCACAUGCGGAGGGGAGGAACCAAGCCGAGACACUCACUCACCUUAGCGUACGGUACUUCUCGGGAUCUUUCUGUGGCUGCAAGAAAAGCUGGAAGAAAUCUCUAUUUGAUAUAUAUAUAUAUAUAUAUAUAUAUA